CGACUCUUCCUGUUUGAUGUUGCCUAGUUGUCACAAGCAUGUUGGCCAAGAAGUUCUCCUGUGGGUUGAGACACCAACGGGCAGCUCGUCCACACCCUCUGACAGCACAGUGACAGUGGAUUGAUGUGGGCAUGGCACCACCAGAGGACAGUGUGAGUGCCUGGACCUGUAAGCAGGUGGCCCAGUGGCUGCAGGAGGAAGGUUUCGGGGAGUAUGUGGAGUUAUUGUGCACCCAGCACCGCCUGGACGGCCCCAGUCUACUGGCUCUGACUGAGGCGGACCUGCGGGGUCCUCCGCUGGGCCUGACUGUGCUGGGAGACAUCAAGAGGUUGACUUUAGCCCUCCGCCGGCUCCAGAGACAGAACCAGGCCCAGCUGGAGGAGCUGGGUCUCCGGCCUUCAGACAGCCUCCCCACUAACCUCUUGCCAGGUGCCGCGGGGGGCGAGUGGAGCUGUGACGGAGCCGACAGGAGGUAUAACGGAGGUGAUCGCUUGUGUAACGGGACUGAGCUGCGACUGAGGAACGGCGACAGAUCUGGAUAUGGUUCAGGAACGGCUCUGUGUCAUGUACACUCCAGUGGGAGGUGUAGGCAGCACCUAGCUGGUAGAUUGGACCCAGAGGUGUGGAAGACAGUCAUCAGUUCCAUAUAUGUCUUUUUUGUGUUUGGAUUCACAUCUUUUGUCAUGGUCAUUGUACAUGAGCGUGUCCCGGACAUGAGGACAUACCCACCGCUGCCUGAUAUAUUCCUGGACAGUGUUCCCAGAAUUCCUUGGGCCUUUGCAAUGGCUGAAGCUUGUGGCGUCAUCCUGUGUUACAUGUUUCUGUUGAUCCUGCUCCUUCACAAACACAGGUCUAUUCUCUUAAGGCGAUUGUGUUCAUUGAUGGGAACUGUGUUUUUGCUUCGUUGCUGCACCAUGUUUGUCACCUCGCUCUCUGUACCAGGGCAGCACCUGAAGUGCGCCAGUAAGACAUAUGGUGAUACGUGGGGGAAGAUACAGAGGGCGUUGGCAAUUUGGAGUGGAUUUGGAAUGACUCUGACUGGUGUCCAAACGUGUGGAGACUACAUGUUCAGUGGACACACGGUUGUCAUCACAUUGCUCAACUUUUUUGUGACCGAAUACACUCCACGAACCUGGAAUCUGAUUCACACCAUCUCCUGGGUGUUAAACCUGUUUGGGAUUUUCUUCAUCCUGGCGGCUCACGAGCACUACUCCAUCGACGUGUUCAUUGCCUUCUACAUCACCACCCGCCUCUUCCUCUACUAUCACACUUUAGCCAACACCCGUGCCUACCAGCAGAGCCGGAGGGCGCGCAUUUGGUUCCCUAUGUUCUCCUUCUUUGAGUGCAACGUGAACGGCCCUGUCCCCAACCAGUAUCACUGGCCCUUCAACAAACCUGCCUUCAUGAAAGCUCUGAUUGGAUAAAGAAUACUUUAAAACAUCAGCAGCUUCAAUGCACAUGGACUGUAAUAUGAAUUAGAAACUUUUUACUUGAGAUGCUGCUUCUUAUCUGUGGAUGAUUGUGAGUUUAUUAUGUGGGAGUUUUAUUUAGCCUCAUAUGCAAAAAUGGAUGAUCUUUAUUUUGUUAAGUAAACUUCUGUUUUUAAUGGGAAUAGACAUUUUGGGGGAAAAAACUAAUUUGCUUUCUUUCAGAGAGCGUUAGAUGUGAGGAUUGAUACCACUAUCAUGUCUGUUCAUUAAAUAAAUGAAGCUAAAGCCAGCCGCUGGUUAGCUUAGUUUAGCUUAGCACAAAGACUGGAACUAGGGGGAAAGCUGUUAGCAUGGCUCUAUUAGAAGGUAACACUUCCUAGCACCUCUAAAGCGUUUAGUCUGUACAAAAACCAAAGCGUAAAAAUGGCUAUAUAUGACUGUGACUACAAUAUUGCACAGUCACUGCUCCCGGCCAAGAGUUAAACAAGAGAUUGUGGAUGUUAAACAAAUAAGAUUUAAUAUUUUAAUGACUGAUUUAUUAUUUUUUUUUACCAGAGCCAGACUAGCUGUUUCCCCCUGUUUCCUAGUCUUUAUGCUAAGCUAAGCUAACCAUCUGCUGGCUAUAACUUCAUAUUUAACAGCCAGAUACUGUAUGCAAACAUUAUCUAACUUCUCAUCUGACUCCUCGAAAGCGUAAAAAAUAUUCCUUAUUAAUUUAUUCCUAAAUUAAAUUGCACACUGCCAGGUUAGACAAAGAAAUGUGGAUCAUUAAAAGGCCAAAGAGCUGCAGGUGUGGACAUUUUUUAGGAGACUUAUUUGCCUUUUAAAUAAUCACAUUGAUUAUAUCCAUCGUAUGGUAUAUUCCACCUUGGGGAUGUUUAAGGUUCACUUGUGGUUUGGGUUGUUAGUCUCACUCGAUAUUUAUUGAAGAAAACUGGUAAGACCUCACACAGCUGUAUGCAGGUUGAAAGUGUAGUUGUCACUUUUUGGGAGACGUCAUAAUGACGUGUUCACAUAUUGUUUUGCUGCCAGUUUGGUAACUACUACCAAAACAGCUAUAGUUUCUUUUGAUGUGCAACAGGAAAAACACUUCCUGUUCUCUACUGAAAGAGCUCUGUUUUAGUCACUCAGAAAAAAAAUGAAUCUUUUUUUUUUUCAUUUACACUUAAUUGUUGUUUGAACUCUACACCUUUGUUGUAUAGUGUCACCAUUGGGUUAAUAUAGUGUGCUUCCUACAUUCACAGUUAAACUGAACCAAAUAUCUGAACAUUUAUUGUAAUGUUCAGUUUUGCCAAUGAGUCCUUAUUAUGAUUAUUUCUUUAUCCUGAUUUGAUACAGUAGUUAUAGUUUUUUAUUUUUUACAGGUUGUUAAUUAUGUAAUGAGUAUAAAAAUGUAUGGAGCUGGAGUUUGUUGAUGCUUUAUUGUUUUCUCUCUGCUGCAUAGUACAAAGACUGACUUUUCAUUAUGACAGUUGUUGAUAAAGACUUGGAUAACAAAGAUUCAUAUAUAUAUAUAUAUAUAUAUAUAUAUAUAUAUAUAUACAUAUUGUUUACUAUUUCAUGGUUGAUCCAAACUAUAUUUUUAAUAAUUGUUUACAAUUUAUGGCUUUAUUUUCAGUGCAAAUACUCUAUCUCUGCCUUUUGGCUCAAAAAUCUAAGUUUACAGAAAAGGAAAAACAGUUUUUGUAUUUCAGACCAGCUGUUUGCUUGGCUGUUUUUUUCACUAAUGUGUUUCUUUUUGCAUUUGUUAAAUAAAGUGGAUUAUGACUAUAA